AUGCACACUUCGGCUGUGCGUGGAGCUAUCACACGUUUUAACCUCCCUGCAAUGAGCCCCACCAUGACCGAAGGUGUUAUUCACAAGUGGAUGAAGAAAGAAGGAGAGAGCUUUACUGCUGGUGAAGUUUUGAUCGAACUUGAGACUGACAAAGCUCAAAUUGAUGUCGAGGCACAGGACGAUGGUGUAUUAGCCAAGAUUAUUUUGAAGGAAGGGCAAAAGGCUCCAGUAAACACUCUUAUCGGUCUUUUGGCUGAAGAAAGCGAUGAUAUCUCUAACGUCCAGAUCCCCGAGUCAGAAGAUGCACCGGCCAAGGCAGAGGAAGCCGCUCCUGUCCCACCACCAACCCAGACCAAACAACCCGAAGCACCCACGAAAUCCAUUGAUCAUGGUGCUAUUGAUACUAAGCAGUUGAAGAAACCAUUAUCACCUGCUGUUUUGAGCCUUGUCUUGAAACAUCACAUUACGGAUGUAUCGGCUAUCAAGGCAACUGGACCUGGUGGACGUAUUUUGAAGGGCGACGUAUUGGCUCAUAUUGGACAGAUUGCCUUUAGACCUGCACCAAAAUUCAACAACUCUGCUGCUCCCCCCAGAGAUCAGAUUGUAUUCGCAAAGGUAAAGUAG